AUGGGCAAGUUGGGAAAGGGUUCUGGAUUCAGCAGAAAUACCUUGGUUAGGUCUUGGCAACCAGCAACCACACCUCUGGGGCAACCAGCCUCAGCUCCAUCUGUGUCUCUCGGCAGCACCCAACCCAGAAGACCUGUCGUUGCACAACCGGCUACUCGGGCCUGGGCAGACAAGCAGGCAGCACUGCAGCAGGACCAAGUUCAACAGGAUAAGAUCUGGAGAGAGUCUGUGGAGGCUGAACAGAGAGGAAGAAAAAUCUGGUACCAGAACUGGAGUUUCCUGAAGGACUAUGACCAAAUGGGUAAGAAAAAGGAGCAGAAGCCACUGCCAAACUAUAUGUCUGUGUUUUCAAGCAAAGUUCCCAACUCCACCAACCAGACGAUUGGCAGUCGAAUGAAUACUGAACUUGGCAGGGCGCUGGUAAACAUGGAUUACUUCUUCAGCAGUGGAGCACGAAAGAGGAAACUUGAGGGUGAGCUCCAGCCUUCCUAG